AUGAUACCACCCUACGGAAGUCUACUCCUUGCCAGCAAGGGAAGGUUUGACUACGCCGAGGAGUGCUCGCGCUCCCCUCGGUCGAAGGAAUAUUUUGCCUCAUCAACGUUUGAAAAAGGAGGUAAAAGAGGUAAAACACACAUGUAUUACACAUUUAUUACAUCCUUUGUGAAAAUAAAAAAAAUACCAAGCCCAAGGUUAAAGAAGUCUCCCGAAAGUCCACCAGAAAUGGAUUCUCCGGUUGGGAGCGUAAGUAGUGAUUUACGACGGCAGAACGAAGAGCUCCGCGCUCGUCUUGCUGGCGAAAGUGCUGAUCAUAAGCGCCGACUAGACGCUUACCGCCGGGCACAGCAGGGACAGGCGGCUUUAGUAUCGCGGCUUCAAGCUAAGGUUCUACAAUACAAACAGCGAUGUUCCGAAUUGGAGAACCAAAUGCAGGAAACAACACCCCGCAGCGAAGCUGGGUACAGAAAUCCAGUGAGCAAGAGCAUUGCGCUCCCAGCCCCGGCGCCUUCGGCUUUUACUAAUCCGUCGUCAUCUGAUACACGCCGGGAUGAACGUAUUGGGGAUCUUGAAACUGCGUUGCGUAGACUUGAUGAAGAAAAACGCAAGUGUGAAAAGCUUGUAUCUCAAAAUAAUUUAUUGAGGGACCAGCUAGAAGAAUCUCACCAACUUAACGAGGCUCUCACAAAUGAUCUUCAAAAGCUAACAAAUGACUGGGAGGCUUUAAGAGAUGAAAUGUCCAUCAAAGAAGAUGAAUGGAAGGAUGAAGAGCAGGCUUUCAAUGACUACUACUCCAACGAGCAUAACCGUUUACUGAACCUGUGGCGAGAAGUAGUUUCUGUGAAGCGAUUCUUUUCUGAAUUGCAAACAAGCACAGAAAGAGAUUUGUACAAAGUAAAGAAUGAUAUCGAUUCUGCAGCUAGAGACCUAGUAGGGACAUUGAGCGGAUAUGCUAUUAAUGCAUAUGCUUCACAGGGUUCCCAGGAACUUAAGUCUGAACAACAGCCUGCAGGACUGAUUCCAUCAUCCGCAAUAGAGAACCUCAGAUCAGAACUGCAUUCCAUCACAUCUCAACGUGACUCGGCCAUAGCCGAGUUGCGGGAAAGAGACACUCGUAUACAACGUCUGUUAGGAGAACUGCAGGGAUUGGAGGAGCGAUGUGAGUGUGCAGAGACAGUAUGUUCGGAAGCGAACGUGAUGCGGUCGGCGCUGGAGGAGGUGGCGCGCGCGCUCAUACACGACUCGGAGGCGGACGCGGGCCCGCAGCACUUGCAUCUCUCUGAGAGGUCUCCCAAACGCGCGCCACACGGCAACGCGACGGCCUUCGCGGAGAGCACCAUCUCGGCGGUGCAGGCCGCGCUGCACAAGUACCAGAUACAGAUACACGAGUUGCAGGUGAAACUGCAAAAUACCAGGGAACAACUAAUGACGAGUCGAAAGCACAGUGAGGCGGCCGAUGCCACCAUCGCUUCGUUGGAGGGCAAAGUACAGGAUUUGCAAGCCAAAUUGGACCAAUCCAAUGCAGAUCUCAAUCAACUAUUGCAAGAGAAGGAUUCUUUGCAGAAGACCGUUGAAUCUUUGAGGAUGGAUAAGAACAAUCUAGAAAGAAAUAGAGUUGAGAUCAAUGCUAUGGUGGAAUCUCUAACAUCCGAUUAUGAGAAGUUACAGAAGAUCAACUCGCGGUUAGAAAAGAAUAUAGAGGCACUUGAAGAUGAAAAGCGAGCUUUAAACUCUGAAGUGGACCAUUUAAGACACGAAGCUGCCAGCAGAGAAUCUGUUUUACGAGCUGAAGAAGAACGUUCUUCUCGAUUGCGAUCAGAGUUAGUGACAUUGAGAGAAGAACUAAAUAAAAUGGCGCUGACUCGGGAUCUGUUGGACCAACAGAAGCUGGAAUCUGACACCUUGCUUUCCCAGAUGGAGAAGAAUAGAAGUGAACUAGAAAUCGAACUGGAACGGACUUUGUUAGAGCGCGGGGACUUACAGGAUCUUGUUGAUAAGUUGCAGUCUCUUGUACGCAAUUUGGAAGUCGAUAAGAAGAAAUUGCAAGAAGAUGUCAAGAAUUUGGAAGAAGAAAGAUCGUCUCUUUCCAACCAAUCGUCAGAACUACAAGGAGAUUUGAACUCUCUCCGGAAGGAACUACUCGCUGCUGAACAGAAUCGUAUGGAGUUGGAAGCGGAUAAAGCAUCUCUGUUUGAGAAGAUUAAGUUUUUGGAAGGAGAUAGAGAGAAAGUUGAGUUGGAGUUACGACAAGUUGUAAGGGAACGUGGGGAACUAAGCUCCCAACUAACAGCAAUGGCGCGUAAGAAGGACGCACUCAAUGAAGAAAUCAUCCGUCUGCAACAGAGACUUGAACAAGCAAACGAGACUAUCGGCAGAUUGAAUAGAAGUCUGGACGACCAUGUGAAGGAUGCUGAGGAGAAGCAGAUAACAAUAUCGAAGUUGGACAAAGAGAGGCAGCAGCUGCAGGAGGCGCUGGCGGGCGCGCGCGCCGACAAGGACGCGCUGGAGGCGGCGCUGUUCGACUCCGCCAGCCUGCUGGAGGACGAGGCGGCGCGCCGCGCCAAGCUGGAGGCCGAGCUGCAGGACGCGAAGGUCUCCUUGGAGAACUCGAAAGGUCAAAUAUCUCGUCUGACAAAAGAUCUGGAAAACACUGAGAAGAAGCUUCGAGAAACAAGGAAUAGUAUGUCACAACAGUCUGGCAAGAAGGAAGCGGAAUAUCAACAAGUUAUAAAUAAUCUCAAUCGCACCACUACUGAGAAUAUAACUAAGCUCAAAGAAGAGAAGGAGCAACUCCGCCAAUCGCUAGAACAAAAGCUGAGCCAGACCAUCGCGACGCUGACGAGCGAGAGGGAAGCGCUGGAGGCGGGCGCGAGAGAGAGAGAGAAGAAGCUGCUGGCGGCGCGCGACCAGCUGCUGCUGCAGCACGACGAGGCCAUGCUGCGCGCGGAGAAUGAUAAGCAGCAGGCGCUUCUGAUGGCUCACCAAGAACACCAAGCCCUCGUAGAACGUUUAGAAGAAGCCAAGCGGAUAUUACACUGUGAGCGGAACAAGCUGGAGCGCGCCAAGCGCGAGGCGGCGGCGCGCGCCGACCAGGACAGGAACUGUAUCAAUCAGCUGAAAGAUGACUUGGCCGCUAUGAAGACUAGGCUGGAAGAGGCCAAGGCGACGGCAGAAGACGAGUGUGCCAGAUUUGAAAACCGUAUAAAAGAAUUGCAUUUAGAAAAGGAAGCAGUCAACCGCGAAUGUCAGGAGACUCGAGCGCAACUGUCCCUAGCCGAGGACAAGUAUGACGCUGCCUACACACAAUUGCAAGAUACUUUGAGAAAGCUCAAGGAGUUGGAGAACGAAUCGGACGGGCUGCGCAAGGAGCUGGCGGACGUGCGCCGCCAGCUGUCCAGCAGCAGCGCGGAGCGCGACAAGUACGGCGCGGCGUGCCGCGACCUGCGCGACCACGUCAAGCGCGCCGAGCACGAGCGCCGCGACGCCGCGCGCGCCAGGGAUGACGCGUAUCAUAAGAUCGCUGGAUUAGAAGAACAACGUACCUCCCUAGAACUGGAACUGACGCGUCUCCAAACGAUGCUAAAAGAGAGCGAGAGCGGCGGCGAGCACACGGAGCGCGCGCUGCGCGCCGCCGAGGCGCAGCUCAAGCGGGAGCGCGCCGCGCUGGAGCAGGCGCAGCAUGACAUCAAGGAACUACAGUCCCGACUACAGAACGAGUGCGAGGAGCGCGAGCGCUGCGGCGGCGAGGCGGCGGCGGCGCGGCGGCACGGCGCCGAGCUGGAGGCGCUGCUGGCGGCCGCGCGCGCCGACCUGGCCGCCGCGCGCGCGCGCGCCGCCGACCUGGACGACGCCUGCCGCGCCCGCGACCAGGAAUUAGUGGUGCGAUUGGAAGACUGUAGAUCUAAAGAGCGUCGCUUGGAAGAGCUGAAACACAACCUGGAAGUGUGUCUCGCCGACGCCACGCAGCAGAUACAGGAGUUGAAGACGCGUCUCGGCGGCAGCGAGGGCCGCACGCGCGCGCUGGAGGCGGCGCUGGCGCAGGCGGAGGGCGCGCGGCGCGAGGCGGAGGCGCGGCUGUGCUCGCUGGCGCGCGCGCUGCGCCGCGUGUGCGGCGUGCAGCCCGACGGCAGCGUGAGCGCCGCGCGCCGCCGCCUCGCCAGCCCCGCGCGCCGCUACUCGCCGCACAGGGGCCGUGAUCGUGAUCACUCCGAGGAACGUAACGAGAUUAUCGACGUUGAUCCAGAGCUAUUUAAGAAAGGUCUCCGCAACUUAAUGCAUGAAGUGUGCCAGAUUGAAAGGGAAAAGGACGACUACAAAUCUCAAGUGACCGUGCUAAAGAAGCAACUGAAGGAGGCCACAGAACAGCAAGGCAAGGGAGAAGGGCGGCUUCAAUCACUCAACACUAACCUUCGGAGUGUGCAAGAAGAGAAGUCUCGUCUGCAAGCCGCCGUGGGACAGAAGGAAGUUCAGUUGAACGCUUUGAACGAGUCAGUUCAAGCAAAGACUGUGGAGAUCAGCAAUUUGAGGGACAAGAUCACAAGCCUCGAGGCGACAUUGAGCUCUAUUACUGAAGACAAAGUACAGAAUGAGAACAAAUCUGAGAGUCUACGAGCUCAAUUGGCGGAGCGCGUUCAAGAAGUUGGUCAGCUGCGUGAGGCCCUUGCAGCUGCUGAAGGUCGCGCGGCGCGCCUGGACGUGCGGCGCGCGCAGCUGGAGGGCGACGUGCAGCGCGCGGCCGUCGCAGCGCGCGACCGGGAUGCUGCCAUGAAGGCGAGAAUUGCUUUAUAUUAUACUGCCUUAUUCUUUUAUUUCUUU